AUGGCGCCCCUUAAAGAUAUAGAAAUUGGAUUGGAAUCAGGCGGUAAAUUAUCUGCUUCCAAUGUAUCAUCUAAUGAAGAUAACGGAGUGGAGGUAUCAGAACUAGCCCGACCCUCCAAACGACGUCGAGUAUCGUUAUCACCUGGUGGGACCUCCAACUCUUCCGAAGACGAAAUCUCAAAAACUCCCCAAGCGGCAGCCCCGCAACAACCCCUCCUGCCGAUCGUAUCACGAAUAAAGAAGAAGCCUGUAAAUAAUGUCCAAAAGAAGCAGUCCGCUGAUGCAGAUCCAAUUACCGUGAAAGAUGCUCUAGCUACUAAAACUCCAUCGGACGGUUCAUCAUUUGCAACCCUGGGCCUUGCGCCAUGGCUCGUAGGGUCCUUGUCCGCAAUGGCUAUCAAACGACCGACGGCAAUUCAGAAAGCAUGCAUACCGGAGAUCCUUAAGGGGAGGGAUUGUAUAGGUGGGAGCAGGACUGGUUCAGGGAAGACUGUUGCGUUUGCGGCGCCGAUAUUGCAAAAGUGGUCUGAGGAUCCGCUUGGGAUCUUUGCGGUGGUAUUGACACCAACGAGGGAACUGGCGUUGCAAAUAUUUGAACAAAUCAAGGCCAUAUCAGCGCCGCAAUCUCUCAAACCAAUCCUUAUCACUGGUGGAACUGAAAUGCGCCCACAAGCCAUUGCUCUCUCUCAGCGUCCCCACGUAGUGAUUGCCACUCCUGGUCGUCUGGCGGAUCAUAUCAACAGCUCCGGGAGAGAUACUAUCUGUGGCCUCAACCGCGCACGCUUUGUCGUUCUCGAUGAAGCUGACCGUUUGCUGGAAUCUGGCCCGGGAAGCAUGCUUCCCGACCUGGAAACUUGCCUCUCUGCGCUUCCCCCUUCGACAGCUCGUCAAACACUACUUUUCACAGCAACAGUCACCCCUGAAGUUCGAGCGCUCAAAUCCAUGCCUCGACCAGCGAGCAAACCUCCGAUCUUCGUAACAGAAAUAUCAACCGAAAAUCAAGCUACUAUCCCACGUACUCUCAAGCAAAGCUAUCUCCUGGUGCCCCUAACCCAUCGUGAGGCCUUUCUCCACGUCCUUUUAUCGACGGAAGGUAAUUCGUCGAAAGCGGCCAUUAUCUUUUGCAAUCGUACGAAAACUGCAGAUCUCCUUGAACGUAUGUUGCGACGACUUGGCCAUAGAGCCACAUCACUGCAUAGCCUUCUACCACAAUCAGAGCGUACUGCAAAUCUCUCUCGCUUUCGUGCAUCUGCCGCUCCUAUAUUAGUUGCUACUGACGUCGCUGCUCGCGGCCUGGAUAUCCCCAGCGUGAGCUUGGUAAUUAACUUCGAUGUACCUCGCAAUCCCGAUGACUAUGUGCAUCGCGUUGGCCGAACUGCCAGAGCCGGGCGUGAAGGUGAGGCAGUUACUCUGGUUGGCCAACGCGAUGUCCAGUUGGUUUUGGCCAUUGAAGAUCGUGUGGGGAGGAAGAUGGAAGAAUGGAAGGAGGAAGGAGUCAGCAUCGAGGGUAGGAUUGUACGAGGCGGGAUUCUAAAGGAAGUUGGAGAGGCGAAGCGAGAGGCUACGGGAGAGAUAGAGGAAGGGAGAGACGUCCUUGGCCGGAGGGUGAGGAAACUAAAGAAAGUCCGCUAG